CUAGUAUAAUUGUAAACAACAUUUAAGAUUUUUUUAUAAUAAUGUUUUAUUAUUGUCAGGAGAAAUGCUCAAAUUUCUUUAAUAAUUAUAUUUAAUUGUACGACUGAAUUAUUGAACGAUAUUUUUCGAAUAGAAACGAUAAUCCAAACAUGAUCAUUGGCCAAUCCACCUUGGACUUAGAAAUUCUUGAAAGAAUACCAGAUUUGGAUGCAAUUUUCCUACCGGUGUCACAUGUAGGUUGUGGACUUACACAAGGCAUUGCGGCUGCUAUCAAAGGAACGAAAUCAGAUAUAACAGUUGUGGGUCUCGAAACUGAAGUGACUUUAAUCGAGGAGAUUAGAACAAACACGUGUAAUUCUGGUGAAUUAAAUAUUGACCCGGAAGAAUAUGACCCGGAAGAAUAUGACCCGGAAGAAUGGCGUGAAACAGUUAAUCCCGACUGGAGUGGUUUUGUAGACGUGAUGUGUACGACUAAAAAUGUAAAUGACAUGCACGCCUCUGCGGCUGCAAAGUUUAAAGAACUAAUUGAAAAAAACUAA